AUGUCCAGUCCCUCAUCUUCUUCGUCAAAACCAUCGACAACAGAUAACUUGUACGCCCUUACAAAGAAUAUCCAAUUCUUUUGGUUUGUAGGCCAUAUCGUCACUUUCUUUUCCAGUGUGCUUUAUCUCCUCACUUUCCGUUCUGGCGGAUUGGCCAACACUUUGUUUUUCAGAUUGGCGUAUCUAGGAGUCAUUGAAUCGUUUGGGAUCAUCCUUUAUCAAUCGUACAAAGGCCGUCAGCCAACCCUCCAAUUGUUAUUUGGCGAUGACAAUGCCCAGUACACUUUCGAUGCUCUUUUAUGGUUUUUUGCUCCAGUAAACACCUUGUCAUUGGCACCUUUUGUGAUCUUCUCCCUUUUCCACUCGUUAACCUACAUCAGAAACCAGAUCUUGCCAGCUUUGAAUUACUCGCAAACCACCAGCACCCUCGGUAAAAUCAGCACCUUGAUCACCAACAAUAACGACAGCUCGUUAGUAUUGGUGGCUAAUUUGGAAUUCUUUCUCUUGGUGGUGUUGAUCUUCAAAGCAUUGUUCUUCAUGAAACGUUCGUGGAUCAUUCUUGUCGGUUACACCCUUUUCAUGAAGUUGAGAUAUGAGAAAUCUGUCUACACUAAAGCAGUGUUGAAAGCCUACGAAGUCAGAAUCGAUGGGGUAUUUUCCGAUUCAAGAUUGCCUCCAAAUGCCAAGCAAUAUUGGGCUAAAUUGAAGGCAGUGUUGAGUGCCACUCUUGGGACUCCUUUGGCAGCUAAUGUCGCCUCCAAGAACAAAUGA